AUGUCGGCUCUCAAAGGAGGUAAUGAUGAACAAAACAAAAAGGAAAGUUGUACAAAAUCUCAUUCAGAUGAACCAGUCACGAUGGUAACGCGGUUCGGCUUAAAUCCGAGAUUGGGUUUCAACUUGCGCGCUUGUCCUAAUAAUCCUUGCGGAUAUAAGCAUUGCAACCUAAUUGUUCAGAUGGGAACGGCUGUAAAAACAAGUAGACCACGGGAACAGAGUGCUGCCGUUGCUCGUGUCAGCAUUGCCUUUGAUAAUAUUGGAAAGACUUUGAAAGGGCCCAAGACUGCAGUAUGGAUCGAUUUUCUUACGACAAAAUUUGAAGCAAGGUUGUCUCGUGUUGCCCCUGUAUCUGUCAAUAUAUUCGCAAAACAUUAUGAGGAUUUGUGUCCAUGA